UUUGUAACCUUCAUUAAUUUUUUCGAACUGUAAACAAACAUGGCUUCGAACAUAGCUAGGCAAGCUACGAAACAAGUUCGACCAAUAUUGUCGACUAACAGAGAAGAAGCUAGAAGAAAUGUUCUGCGAUUAUAUAAAGCAUGGCAUAAAAAUCUUUUAAGAAUAAUACAACUCCAUAAUUUGCCAAUAUCAUUAAAGACAGGAAGGGAUAAGAUAAAAGAAUCGUUUACCAAGAAUCGAGAUGUAACUGACAUUAGAGUUAUUGAUAUGUUAGUUGCAAAGGGCGAAAUGGAGCUUAAGGAAUGUGUAAAUGUAUGGAAACAGCCUGUUCAUGUCAUGGCCUAUUUCAAGGAUACUGUAGAACCAAAACCAAAGGACUUCUUGGGUCGUUUCUUUGCUGGUCUAGAGUGAUAUAAUCUCCAUAGGUUCUUUUUGCACAUAUAGAGAUUUCAAUUCUGAGUUGAAAUUUAUUUGCUAAAACAAUUACUUGUUUCAUAAUAAAUUUUUUUGUUUCCAAAGAAAAAUAUCCCGUAAUAAAUGUGUUAGUGUUUGUUUU